CUAGUCAAAGGGGAGGGUCUUAUUUCACCUAACCAAACAACAAUAACAGAUAUUUUAAAGUGCUGUCUCGACUCCCGUGUGCAGACGCUGCAUGAGCCCUGCUGUGUUAGGCCCUGGCACAGCCAUCCACCAGCCCCCAGGCCCAGGUACUCUUCUCCAGCAGCGGCCAGGUGUCAUGGAGUCCUCUAGCGAAGACGAGGAGGGCCGUACCUUCGUGCAGGUGGUCAGUGAGAAGUACAGCCCGGAGAACUUCCCCUAUUGCCGUGGCAACAGGAUGGGCGUGGUCCUGCUGCCCAGCCCCAAGGGCUCGCCUGUCAAAGACCGUCUGAACCUGCCCAGCGUGCUGGUGCUGAGCGGCUGUGGCAUCACCAAGGCUGGAGACGAGGCGGAGGUCGCUGCCUUCUGUGCCCAUGUGGUGGAGCUAGACCUGUCCCACAACCAGCUGCAGGACUGGGCAGAGAUUGGGACGAUCGUUUCAAACAUCCCCCGCUUGGACUUCCUCAACCUGAGCAUGAACCCCCUGAGCGGGGUGGAGCUGCAGCCCACCCUGGCCGAGGUGUUCUCUAGUGUGCGUCGCCUUGUCCUCAUCAACACGCGUGUCACCUGGGACACGGUGCACACUGUCACACGCCAGACCCCUGAACUGGAGGAGCUUUUCCUGUGCCUGAACGAGUUUGACAGCGUGAACGAGUCCAGCACCCCCUGUCCAUCCCUGCGCCUGCUGCAGAUCACUGACAACCAGCUCCGGGACUGGCAACAGGUCAGGAAGUUUGGGCCCAUGUACCCCGGCCUGGACACCCUGGUGCUGGCCAACAACAGCCUGACUUCCGUCCAGGAACCUCCAGACAACCUGGAGAGGCUGUUCCCCAACCUGCGCAGCAUCAACCUCAACAACUCCGGGCUAAGUAGCUGGGAGGACAUCGGGAGACUUCUGUUCUUCCCGAAGCUAGAGGAGGUCAGGCUGAUGGGGAUCCCUCUGCUGCAACCCUACUCCGACACAGAGAGACGCAGCCUCAUAGUGGCACAGCUGCCCACGGUGUCUGUGCUAAACGGCAGCGUCGUGACCGACGGGGAGAGGGAGGACGCAGAACGGUUCUUCAUCAGACACUACCUGGACUGUCCUGAGGAGGAGCUGCCUCAGAGGUACCACAGCCUGGUGGCGAAGUAUGGCCGCUUGGCCCCCCUGGUGGAGGUGGACCUGAGCCCACGCUGUGCCCAGGUGGAUGUGCGCUGGGGCGAACAGGUGGAGCAGCUCAGCUUGAGGAUGGAGCAGACGGUGGCCGACCUCAAGAAAGAGCUGAAAGCACUGGUCCAGCUGCCCGUUAACGGCAUGCGCCUCUUCUACAUCAGCAGGGAGCUACUGGGCUCCUUCGGCCCAGAGGAGAUGAAAUACGGGUCCAGGGCACUCCACUCCUAUAGCAUGCAGGACGGAGACGAGAUCCUGGUGGUUCCCAAACUGAAGACACGCUCCACCUCCUCUGGGUCCUCGUAGACCCCCCCAUAGUCUCUCCACUUCCUGGGUCCUUGUGAAUACUGACUAAACUGCUACUGAAUAAGAUUUUUAUGAGAUUACUUUUUUUUUUUUUUUUCAUGAGUGUUGUGGUUUUGCAUGGUCCGUACUCUCCUUUAAACAAGGGUUUUAAACAAGGUGGAAGUUUCAUAAAGAAACUGCUUAAUGUGACAGACUGACAAUAUACUCAUAGUAAGUGUUUUACCAGAGAUCUGAGUUUAAGUUUUUAUACAGUUUUCCUUCUUCUGGCUCAGAUGACAUGAGACCAAAUGAGAGAUGUCCUGAGAUAACCUGGGAGUUGACCUCACAAGGGCCAGAGUAAAGGAGUCUCCUAUCAGGUGUUGUUAAAAGGACUGGAGAACAGAGACCACCAGACAGCAUUGACCUCAACUCAGGAAGCCAACCAGCCCCGGAGACAAGAGUGGGAGAGGGGUGAGAGGGGAGGGUGAUAGAGGGGUGAGGUUGAAGGGGGCAAGAGAAAGAGAGGGGUGAGGUUAAAGGGGGGAGGGAAAGAGGUGGAAAGGUUAAAAGGGUGCGAGAGAGAAAAGGGAGUUGGCACUCAUGUUGCUUGAGGUCUCCUGCUCUCUGUCUUCCCAUGAAUAGAGCAGCUCUCCGCCCCUGCUGACGUGGUGGGGAGACCCCACCUGUACAGUAACCCCACACCGGCCGCUGUGACACAGCCACUUCCCCCCCUGCUUAGAUUACAAUAAGUUCACCCACCAGCCUGCUGCCCUGAACCUCCACACCUCUCCCACCCUAACAUCCGACUGAGUUACCCAACACCUCCUCACCUUCCCCUCUCUCUCACCCCCCCUUUAACCCAACACCCAUCGCUCACCCAACUUCCACCUCUCUCCUUUUAACUUACAUCUUAAAAUGGGAAAAAAGGUUUAUUUAUCUGGUGUUACUUUUAAGCCUAUGUUGUUCUUCUUAACCAAGUACCAUUGAUCUGGUAUCUGCUGUGGUUAAAUUACUAGCCCACUCUUCGUUUUAGGUAAUUAUUCGGUGUUGAUUUCUAAGUGUUUGUAUGUGGAAAUAUUCUUAGUAGUGGACCCUUAUUUACUAUAUGGGUGUGUCAAUUUUAUGUGGGAUUAAAAUGGUAAAAUGUUUGAGAUAUCAUUGGUUUUACGCGAUGUUAAGUUAGGCUACCGUCAUUGAAUCGGAUGUGAUAAAGAGUAGCACAUAGGCUAUAUUCACCUUUCUGAUAUAUUUAACAUGCACUGUUAAAACAUAAGGUUAUUUUAUUCACCAUUACUAGAUAUGCAGAACAGACUACUGCUAGGCCACAGACUAGCAUCCGUAAUGAUUGUAAUAACAGUAGUAGUUUAAACAUCGCUGGUGGAUGAAUUGUCACCACCGCCACGCUGAAAGACGAUAUUCAGAUAUAGGCCUAUAUGUCUAAAUCUAUUUUGUUAAGGGGUAAUACUGUAUUACCUGUAAUACAGAGGCAAUACUGUACCUUAUAUGUAGCUAUGUUGCUUUCAGCAGUUAUUUUAAUUUAAUAAGUAUCAAACGGUAACUAGUUUUAAGUUUUUUACUAGUUUUAGGGAAUCACGGUUAUAGGCCUAUAGGCUUACAUGUUGCUUCUUGACAGACCAUGUUGUAAAUAAGAUUUUUUUUUUUAUGGACCUGACUGGUCAAAUGAAAGUUAAAUAAACAAUAUAAAAGUAUACUGUA